AUGUCGCGGCGGGCGUUAGUCCUCGACGGACUAUGGUACUCUCUAUGUCCGUCAUUUGCAGCGCUGAAUGUUGGACGCUCGAAAUUCCCUAGAUCCAAGGGACGAACCUCGAGAGUAAAUCCGCUAUCCUCGAUCGCUCCGACAAGCUCGCCUGCACGCCAUUGCUACAGCACAAUUGGCGACAAUACCAGAACCACAUAUAAUGCACUAUAUCAUAACGAGCGGAGAGAUGGAACAGAGCCCGCGAAUAAUUAUCACGACGACCCUCCGAACGAUGGCUGGCCCGGGGAAGAGACAAACACGCGGAGCCCACGACGCCAUUUGACACGAACACAUAAAGUGCAAGCUGAUCUUUUGGGAAUGACGAACGAGAGAUUAGAAGCACGACUACAAGAUGUGGUGGACAGGAGGCCAAAUAUUCGACACAUUACGCAGAUUUUGCGACUACUCAUUCGAGAUCGCCAUGUGCAGCCUAACGCCCGGCACUACAAAGCGCUGAUUCUCGCCAAUACGGAUAAUGAGCGCGGCUCGCCGCAGCUUGUGCGCGGGUUGCUGGAGGAAAUGGAGAGCAAUGGCAUUACGGCAGACUCGGGUACCCUGCAUGGUGCAUUACAGGUCCUCGCCGUGCACCCGGAUUACCUCCUCCGGCAAGAAGUGCUCAACAAAAUGCGAGACCGGUGGUUGACAGUCAGUCCAGCCGGGUGGCAUUUUGUUGUUGCGGGACUUCUGCGCGAGAACCAAAUUGAGCUCGCGCUCGAACACGUCGCAUUGAUGGAGCGCAAGGAUAUCUUCAUUGAGAAUUGGCUACACAGUAUAAUUGUCUACGUGCUUUGCGACCACGGCGAGUUGGACGAGGUGUACAAGCUCAUGCGUGCUCGCGUCGACCACGGCCACGACAUGACGAAACAGCUCUGGACACAUGUGUUGACUACGGCGGGCGCUCAUGACCAUUACGCGAUGGCUCACUAUGUGUGGCGUCGCAUGGUUGAACUGGGUUACAUGCACCCGCUCUUUGGGGUAUGCGAUGACGUUCUGAGGAUGGCGGCCAAGGCUGGUGACACAGAGCUGGCGAAUUCUGUGCUGCGGUACAUCACGGAGAGUGGGAUUGCGCUGGGCCGCGAGCAGUAUGAGCGGCUUGUUGAGGCGCACGUGGCAGCCGGUGACCUGCCUGCUGCGUUCGAGACCCUGUGCACUAUGCAUGAAACCCGGAUCCCGCUAGUGGACAGUUCGACCGAGAGUGUUCUUGCGUACAUGAUUCAGUCUAAAGUGGAUCGCCGGGAGGUGUGGCAGAUGCUCAAACGUUUGAAGAACGAGAAACGGAGUAUUCCCCUCGACUCUGUGCGCGUUAUUGCCGAACUCUGCAAACAUGAUGCCCACGAGGAUCCAUCGGUGGUGGACGAUGGCGUAGGGUUCUACAAAGAGCUCUACACAUUAUGUCCGGAAGGUGCGGACGUGCGAGUCUACAACGCGCUAAUUCGGAUGUGCCGCACAGCGCGGAACCGCGAAUCAGGCAUGUUUUUAGUGAAAGAGAUGGCAUCACUAGGCGUGAUCCCGAACGGUACCACCUUUGAGUCCAUCAUCCUGAUGUGUUUGGAUGCCGGGAAUUUCCGAUCCGGGUACAUGUAUUUCCAAGAUUUGGUGAAGCGGGAAGCGGCCUUGAGCGCCGAGACACAAAGCGAGAUUCGGGCGAUCUGUGCCGGGUCUGUGGACGAAUUUGCGAUGCGACUGCAGUAUCACCCUUAUGUCCGUGAUGAUGUGCUCCAACUUGAUGAAAAGGUUCAAGAACAAAAGGAGAGAGAACCCAGAAAUGAAAAAUUCGGUCGCCACCCUGUGCCUCCGGAGGUUCGAAGGAUGAACAUGUCCGCCGAGGAAAGACGAGAUUACAACAAAGAACGUCGGAAGCGGAAACGCCGCCUACUUGCUAUUGAGCGAAAUAGGGCAGAGGAGGGUUGGGAUGAAUGGGAGGUCGAUAAUGGAUCAGCCAAGACCGAAUGA